AUGGUAUGUUGUGUGUGGAUCAGGGCCUCCCUUGAGGACCUCGACGUCGUGGAGCAACUCGAGUCUUCCUCGUACCCAGCAGACGAGGGUGCCGAUCGAGCGAAGCUAGAGUUUCGCAUCAGCCAUGCCCAGGAGUUCUUCAUGGUGUGCAGGAGAGGAGAAGAUGUUGUCGGGUUUGUCAACGGGACGCUGAGCAAGGACAGCAAGUUAACGCACGAGAGCAUGUCCCACCAUGACCCGCAAGGCUCCACCCUCUGCAUACACUCGGUUGUAGUGCAGGAGAGCAUGAGGAGGCAGGGGCUAGGGAGGAGGAUGCUGCGACACUACGUGGAGGAGGUGCAGGGGAAGGAGCAGGUCAGGGCGAUAGCGCUGAUCUGCAAGGAGUACCUGGUGGACUUCUACAAGCAGUGUGGAUUCGUCAUGGUCGGACCAUCGGAUGUUGAACAUGGAGCAGAUCCAUGGUAUGAGAUGAGGAUUACAAAGUAA